GUCAUUUUCGCAUACUUUGCGUUUUUCGUGUUGGCGGCAAACUGUCGCGUUUGUCGUUUUUUGUGGAUUUUUUGAAGCUGUGUUGUCACUAAAGUUUUUCUCUGAACAGCUCUGAACUAUUUAUUUAUCCUUCUCGUAAAUUUAUUUAUACCUGGAUACACAAUUUUAAAUAUUGACUCAACUAGCGAACACCGCCAUGGGAAUUAAAGGGCUCUCCCAAUUGAUUGCCGAUCUGGCUCCAUUUGCUGUGAAGGAAGGGGAAAUGAAAAACUUUUUUGGUCGGAAGGUUGCUAUUGAUGCGUCUAUGUGUUUGUAUCAAUUUCUGAUCGCGGUACGAGCUGAAGGUGCUCAGUUGACAUCCGUCGACGGAGAGACAACAUCCCAUUUGAUGGGAACAUUCUACCGUACGAUUCGACUGCUGGAGAACGGCAUCAAGCCGGUAUACGUUUUUGAUGGUAAGCCCCCAGACCUAAAAUCUGGCGAACUAUCCAAACGUGCAGAGAAACGAGAGGAAGCUCAAAAAGCGUUGGAAAAGGCCACGGAAGCUGGUGCCACCGAAGAGAUUGAUAAAUUCAAUCGACGUUUAGUAAAAGUCACAAAGCAACACUCGAAUGAAGCCAAAGAGCUGUUGAAACUGAUGGGAGUGCCGUAUGUGGAUGCUCCCUGUGAAGCUGAAGCUCAGUGUGCCGCGCUGGUCAAAGGUGGAAAGGUCUACGCCACGGCGACGGAGGACAUGGAUGCUUUGACUUUUGGCUCGAACGUACUGCUUCGUCAUUUGACUUUUAGUGAAGCUCGUAAGAUGCCAGUGCAGGAGUUCAAUUAUGAUAAGCUACUGCAAGGUCUUGAACUAACCCGCGAUGAGUUCAUUGAUCUGUGCAUAUUGUUGGGAUGCGAUUAUUGUGACAGCAUCCGCGGUAUCGGCCCAAAGAAAGCUAUCGAGCUGAUCAAUAAACAUCGUUCAAUCGAGAAAAUUUUGGAAAACCUCGAUACCAAGAAGUAUAUCGUGCCAGAAGAUUGGAACUACAAACAAGCCAGGGUGCUCUUCAAGGAACCCGAUGUUACCAACGCGGAUGAAGUGGAACUUAAGUGGGGUGAGCCGGACGAGGAGGGCCUUGUGAAGUACCUGUGCGGAGACCGCCAGUUCAACGAAGAUCGCAUCCGCGCCGGGGCCAAAAAGAUUAUGAAAACCAAGUCGACGGCAACUCAGGGAAGGCUCGAUUCUUUCUUCAAAGUACUACCAUCGACACCAAAUCCGAAGCGGAAAAUCGAAGACAAAAAGACACCGGCUUCGAAGAAAGCGAAGACAACCGGAGGCAAGCCGGGCCGAAAGCCGAAGUAAAGUUGGAAUGUUCUUUCUAUAUUGAACCUCAUUAUUCAUUUAUAUUUGUCGUUUUUCCUACAUCAAUAAACAUAUGUAUUCACCACA